AUGACUGGGAAUUUGGUGAAUUUGUAAACUAUAGGUGGCGACCCUACAAGUCUUCUAGCGAAAAGUCAUUGUUGGACUCCUCGUGCUUUGCUGCAUCGGUUUCAUCCUCAAAUGCUUUUACAAAUGCUUUGGGUGCUCAAAGAAAGGCUGCCAAUCGUGCUGCAGCUGCUGCAGUGAAAGACACGGAUGACGGUAGUGGUGGCAUUAUUAUUACACCCGCUGCGGGUGCCGAUGUCGAGAAAGGAGAGUUUACGCAGACGCAUCCUUCACCGUUCGCCCCCAACUAUCAGACCACACCAGCCUCGCCUUACCAGAUCCCAGAGAAACAGGGAGAAGCGCAAGACUACUUUAAUCAACCAUACGGACAGGGAGGGAUGGGAUACACGUUUAAUCAGAUGAAUGAAGUACCACAGGCAGCGACUCCUUCGGUUGGGUAUACAUCGAGGCCUACCACUCCCCACCAUCAUGGCCACACCUACUCGGGGAGUCAGGUUCAUCUCAUGGGAUCUCCUCCAGUAGGAUACAGGUGA